CAGCUGGAUCAUCAGUGGAGCUAAGGUUCCAACAGAAGUCAGUCAGCGGUAGUUAAUCAGCCCCAUCCGAUUUCCGAUUCCAAUUGCAAUCCAAGGAACAAUCCCUAGCUCAUCAAGAUGCGUAGCGCUCUACUCGUUCUCUUCCUUUGCGGCAUGCUAUUCGCAUUUGCCUCAGCCGGAUUGCUGGGCGGCGGCGGGGGUGGUGGUGGUUACGGCGGAGGCGGCCAAGGAGGCUGGCAAAAUAAUGGCGGCGGCGGGGGUGGUCACGGCGGAGGCGGCCAAGGAGGCUGGCAAAAGAAUGGCGGCGGCGGGGGUGGUCACGGCGGAGGCGGCCAAGGAGGCUGGCAAAAUAAUGGCGGCGGAGGCGGUGGAGGAGCACAGGGAGGCUGGCAAAAGAAUGGCGGUGGAGGAGGAGGACAAGGAGGCUGGCAAAAUGGAGGAGGCGGCCAAGGAGGCUGGCAAAAUGGCGGAGGCAGCCAAGGAGGCUGGCAAAAUGGCGGAGGCAGCGGCGGAUACGGCGGUGGCAAGUCCUUGGCCGGUAAUCGUGGAAGUUCCGUCUCCUGGCAGGGAGGAAAUGGCGGCGGUGGCGGCGGCAAGCACGGCGGCGGCGGAGGAGGCGCUGGUGGCAAGCACGGUGGAGGCUGGUAGGCCACUCCGACCCCAAACCACCCCUUCAGCUGAUGCUGAUAUGUGUUCCAUGGCAUAGAGAUAGAGACACUAUAAUCCUUCUAAUUUUCUUUGAUCCAAACUUUCUGCCCCAACUAUUUUUCCUAUUUCUAUUUUUUUUUACUAAUAAAAAAACUGUAUGCAUUUUA